AUGGAGGAUUUAGAAAACAGAUGGCAGCAUUUGUCACUAACGGAGAGUGAAGAGAGGAAAGUGGACCUGACUAGGAAUAAGAAGAAUCUGAACUUUGUCUUGGCUGCAAAAUUUUUCACAAGGAGAUCCAUCAACAUUGAAGCAGUAGCAAGAACCUUCCGUUCGAUAUGGCGUACUCGAGGUAGUUUUGAGGUGAGUGAGGGGGGUAAUAAUAUUGCACUAAUGGCGUUUGAAUUGGAAGUUGAUUUGGAGAAGGUUCUCCAAGGCGAGCCGUGGGCUUUUGAUCGCCAUCUCGUGGCUUUUCUAAGGUAUGAUGGGACAAUGCCAGUCCAGAAUCUUCGGUUUGAGAAGACGACUUUUUGGGUUCAACUCCACAACCUUCCAUUCGCGCUUUUAACGGUGGAGGCAGCCAUAAGCAUUGGUGAAACAAUUGGGACUAUUGUUAAAUCUAAGGAUGUGGGGGAGAUGCGAGGAGGUAAUUUUAUGCGCAUUCGCGUGGAGGUGGAUAUUACAAAACCCUUAUGCAGAGGGAGGAAGAUCUCUUGGGAUGGACAGGGGAAUGAUUGGGUGGCUUUUAUGUAUGAACGUUUGCCGAAUAUUUGUUACUGGUGCGGCCAAGCUUCGCAUGAUGAUAAAGAUUGUAUUUUAUGGCUCAGUAGUAAAGGAUCUUUAUAG